AUGCCAAGAAUAGAAUAUGAGCAAAAAUUGGAUUUCAAAGAUGUUCUUUUGCGGCCGAAACGAUCCACACUAAAGAGUCGAGCGGAUGUUGACCUUGUUCGUGAAUUUACAUUUCGGAACUCGAAAAAGCAAUAUGUUGGCAUACCUGUUGUUGCAUCGAACAUGGACACUGUUGGAACAUUUGAAAUGGCAGAAGCUCUUUCCAAAAAAAAGCUUUUUACAUUUAUACAUAAGCACUAUACAGUUGAACAAUGGAUUGAAUUUGCUAACAGGAUAGGUUCGGAUCAGGAUACAUUAACACAAAUUGGUAUUUCUUCUGGAAUAUCUGAUUGUGAUUUUGCAAAAUUGAGAAAAAUUUGUGGAUUAAUACCCGAUCUUCAAUUCAUUUGCCUUGAUGUUGCAAAUGGUUAUUCGGAAAUGUUUGUGGAUUCUAUACGACGAGUUCGUGAAGAAUUUCCUCGGCACGCAAUAGUUGCCGGGAAUGUGGUGACAGGCGAAAUGACUGAGGAAUUGAUUCUAUCAGGGGCUGAUGUUGUGAAGGUAGGCUUAGGUCCUGGUUCAGUUUGUACGACACGGAAGAAAACUGGAGUUGGUUAUCCACAACUAAGUGCUGUGCUGGAAUGUGCUGAUGCUUCACAUGGUUUGAACGGACAUGUGAUGAGCGAUGGAGGAUGCACAAAUCCUGGGGAUGUUGUGAAAGCAUUUGGUGCCGGCGCUGAUUUUGUGAUGAUUGGAGGUCUUUUUGCGGGACAUGACCAAUGUGGUGGUAGUGUUGUUGUGAAAGACGGACGUAAAUACAAAUUGUUCUACGGAAUGGCUUCUGAUACAGCGAUGAAAAAAUACCAAGGAAGCGUCGCAGAAUAUCGCGCUUCGGAAGGCAGGACAGUAACCAUUCCAUACAGAGGUGAUGUUUCGGAAACAGUACAGGAUCUUCUAGGUGGACUACGAUCAGCUUGCACAUAUACCGGUGCAAAGAAAUUAAAGGAGCUUCCGAAACGGGCAACUUUCAUUCGUGUCACACAGCAAAUAAAUGAACAGUAUGCAAGAUUUGAAGUAUCUGGAUCAGAAUUACAAAAAUUAGAGAUUUGA